GUCUCCUAGCCGCACCGAGCCGGUGGCUUUGCCGUCACUGCUCAUCCACUGCAUCCAGGACGAGCCCCCAGACUUUGAGCCCCACCAUGUCCAACCCCUUCCUGAAGCAAGUCUUCAACAAGGACAAGACGUUCCGGCCCAAGCGCAAGUUCGAGCCGGGCACGCAGCGCUUUGAACUGCACAAGCGGGCGCAGGCGUCGCUGAACGCGGGGCUGGACCUGCGGCUGGCCGUGCAGCUGCCCCCGGGCGAGGACCUGAACGACUGGGUGGCCGUGCACGUGGUGGACUUCUUCAACCGCGUCAACCUCGUGUACGGCACUGUCAGCGACGGCUGCACGGAGCAGUCCUGCCCAGUCAUGUCCGGCGGCCCCAAGUACGAGUACCGCUGGCAGGACGAGCGUGAGUUCCGCAAGCCCACCGCGCUGCCCGCCCCCAAGUACAUGGACCUGCUGAUGGACUGGAUUGAGGCCCAGAUCAACAACGAGGACCUCUUCCCCACCAAUGUCGGUACGCCGUUCCCCAAGAACUUCCUGCAGGUGGUGAAGAAGAUCCUGUCUCGCCUGUUCCGUGUGUUCGUGCACGUCUACAUCCACCACUUUGACCGCAUCGCCCAGAUGGGCUCCGAGGCGCACGUCAACACCUGCUACAAGCACUUCUACUACUUCGUGAGGGAGUUCAGCCUCAUCGACCCCAAGGAGCUGGAGCCGCUGAAAGAAAUGACCACGCGGAUGUGCCACUGACGUCGCCGUGGCAGUGCCCUGCGGAUCCACAGGCUCUUGGGCGAUAACGGUUCAGCAUGCCAGCAUCGAAUCUUCCUAACCUGAGCACUUCAGCAGACUCAGCCUCUCUUGGACCCUGAACGACCCCACCUGGUGGGACGAGGGCCCACUGUGGCUUAGUGCCUUACAUUUUGGCACUGGGCCAUGGGAUUUCUGCCCCACCGCCCAUUCCCAAGUACCCACAGCGGGUCCCAGCAUCCCUGAGCCUCAGUCUUUUCAUCAGCCUCACGAGGCAGUGGAACUUGGACUGCAUAACUCUGUGUGUUGUCUGUCAGCAAAUGGAAGAAUCCAGUUUGAUUUUAAGCCACCUGUUGUUCGCCAGGAGGCUGGAGCACUGUGCCAGAGUGGGUCCUGGCACAAGGACCCGCCCUCUGGGAAGUUCAACCCCCAAACCUCCCAUCCCACCAAAGCCUGCACUGUGCAGCCUGACUGAGGCUGAUGCCCCUUCCCCAGAGAAGCCUGGCUGGGAAGUGGGGGAGCAGAGGGUGCCUCUGAGCCUUGAACCCCCAUCAACCCUGCUGGACACCUAUGGGUGCCUUUUCCACAACAGGAAUAACUGGGCCCCGGCUUCCUUCCAUCCCUCUCCCACCCUUCCAGCAUCCACUGCUGUUCCUUCCCAAGCCUUCAGGUGUCCCCAUCACUCGGUCUUCAGCCCCAGAGCCUGAGCUGCACCCAGUACCCAGCUCCAGACUUCCUGUGCCUCUCAUGCGUCCACAAAGGUUUCGCUCUUGCACCAUCUCGUUCCAUCUCAUUCACAGCAAGAUGCAUUAAAAAUUUUUUUUUUGUUUUUUUUU